AUCACUAAAUUGCGAGAUUUAUUUACCAACACCUGGAGAUGAAGCACUAAUUCCUGAGGAUGAAUCAUCACUCGUUGGUGGAGAAUCACUAAUUGCUGGAGAUGAUUCACCAACACCUGGAGAUGAAGCACUAAUUCCUGGUUACGAAUCAUCACUCGGGGGAGAAUCACCAAUUGCUGGAGAUGAAUCACAAAUAAUUGGGGAGAAAGCAUUACAUGUUAGGGAUGAAUUCCCAAUACCUAUAGAUGUAGAUCCACCUACGGGUGAAGCACCGAUACCUAUGGAGGUAGAUCCACCUACGGAUGAAGCACCGAUACCUAUGGAUAUAGCACGUAGGGAUAAAGCACCAAGUUCUGUGGAUGAAGCACCAAUAUCAGGGGAUGGAUCACUAUUUGUUAGGGAUAAAAUACCGAUUGCUGGAGAUGAAUCACCAAUUUCGAGAGAUAAAUCAGCACCUGCUCAGGAUGAAGCACCGGUUUCUGGGGAUGAAUCAUCAUUUGUUGGGGGUGAAUCUGUAAUUCCUGAAGAUGAAUUGCCUGUUCCUGGAGAUGAGUCACCAUUUGUUGGGGAUGAAUCACCAACUCCCGGGGGCGAGCCUCCAACUUCUAGGGAUGAAUCGCCACUUGUUGGGGGAGAAGAAUCAAUUGUUGAGGCUGGAGCUGCGGGCGAGGCCCCCAAUAGCGGAGGCAGCGCGUCGCUUGACGGGAGGUCGGCCGCUGAUGAAGCCCCGGCCAUACCCUCGGAGGUGCCUGCUGUGCCUCUUCCAGUCUUCGGAGAGGCACCCGCUGUGGGUGGCGAUUCCGUUGUUGCUGAUGACGCUGACGGAGGCGAGGGUAAAGGUCACAUCGACUUCCAUGAACGCCGUCCAGCUGACCUGUUUCGACAUGUCUCUUCACUGAAAAGGAAAGAGGAUAUGUUAUCAGAUGAAAGACGUCUUUGAUGUGUGUUUGAGCAACAUUUCCUGAACAUGAGCGUGUUUUGUAUACGA